UCUGUCGUAGUCAGGAUAAAUCGGCUCGGAGGCGCAUCCCAGCAGCCUGCUCCAUGUUUUAGCGGAUUUCUACCCUUCAGUUCGUCGAAUUGACCAGAACAUCGUUGCCACAGAGCUGCUGAUAGAAAAAUGGACCUGCUGCCAGACUUUUGGAAGCAGGACUACUGGCUUCCUCCCGGUGUGACCUGGAAAGACAUGGAGCAGCUGGCCAGCUCUGACAGACCCCAACCUCAGGACCUUCUCAUAGCUCUGCCCCUCGCUCUGGGCUUUGUCGCCCUGCGCUAUGUGUUUGAGAGGUUUAUGGCUCCACCCAUGGGCAGAUAUCUAGGGGUAAAGAAUAGAUUGCAAGUGGCCGCUGCCCCCUCCCCGCAGCUGGAGUCAUUUUACACCCAGAGGAGCAGGCAGCCAACACAGAGUGACAUUGUAAGUUUGAUGCUGUUAUGUGGCAAAACGCAGAGACAGAUCGAGACCUGGUUCCGACUCCGCAGGAAUCAGGACAGACCCUGUCAAACCAAGAAGUUUGGAGAAGCCGCGUGGAGAUUCUUUUUUUACCUCACAGCAUUCACAGCUGGAUUAGCCUGCCUAAUUGAUAGACCCUGGUUCUGGGACCACAGGGAAUGUUGGAGACAGUAUCCAGUUCAGCCCAUGGAAAGAGCUCAUUUCUGGUACUACACGCUGGAGUUGGGGUUUUAUGGCUCUCUGCUUCUUCGGAUCUCUGUGGACAUCAAAAGGAAGGAUUUUAAGGAACAAGUGAUCCAUCAUUUGGCUACCAUCUUCCUGCUCAGUUUCUCCUACUGUGCCAACUACAUUCGCAUCGGCACCUUGGUCAUGCUGCUUCAUGACUCCUCUGACAUCUUACUGGAGUCUGCCAAGAUGUUUAACUACGGCACUGGCUGGAGGAAGACGUGUGACUCGCUGUUUGUUGUGUUUGCUGUGGUCUUCCUUGUGACUCGACUGGUGAUUUUCCCUAGCAAAAUCAUUCGUACCACCCUGCUUCUGUCCAUGGAGGUGUUUGAGCCCUUUGCAGGCUACUAUUUUUUUAACAUCCUGUUGAUGGUGCUGCAAGCUCUCCAUGUCUUCUGGGCAGGCUUAAUUCUGCGCAUGGUUUAUAAGUUCUUGAAAGGCAAGCUGGAAAAAGAUGAACGCAGUGAUGAAGAAAGUGAAGCUGAAGAGGAAGAGGAGGAUAAAGGAUGGGAGGAAAACAUAGAUCAAGGAGGAGAUUACUAUUGGGAAAGAAGUAAAGAGACCCUGAACUCUAAGCUUUCAAUGCUGACUAACAGUUGUGUCCUCAAUAACUUGACCCACCACAGGUCCUCUGUAGCUGACAGGAUGCGUAAAGCUCAAUAAGGGCUUUCUUCUUCUUUUUUUUUUUUUUUUUCAGUUUUGGUCUGUCAGGAUUACAAAAUAUUUUGUUCAUAGUGUUGUAUUUAGUACGGUUAGAAAGACAUUGCUGUCUUCACACUAUCUCCUCUGUGUUUAAAUCUGUGCAAUAAAAUAAUUUGGGGUUAGAGUGAAUAGAUUAUUCUCUUUAAGAUGAAUACUAAAUGAAUACUAAAGCAGUGGAUGCCUGCAGUUCAUGACCUGUUAGGUUAUGAGCCUGGCAUGCUUCACUUAUAUUACUUUGCUAUGCAUCCUAUCGCUAAAGUUACCACUUGUUGAUUUGUUCUAAUUUCGCGUGUUUUGUGACGCUGAAACACAUGCCAGGGUGUUUUUUUAACGUUUUAUUUGAAAAAAAAAAUCACCUGCAUUCUGUUGUUAAAACCUAUCCACAGGAAGAAAGAUGAUAAGCAACUUUUGUAGUGUUUGGCAACUUGAUUUUUUGUUAAAUAUUUGGUCAUUAAAGGUUGGCCUUUGCAGGCAAGAUUUUGAA